AUGGAUGUGUCGGUGAUGUCAUUCAUUAAUUUAUCAACACCGGAAACCUUUGAUAUUGACGUUACAAUCAUUGAUCUAAUAUACACGAUAUCGAUAUCGAUAUCCAACAAAACGUUUGACGUUAGGAUUGAAAUGGCUAACGAGAUGGAACAGGCUGCUAUCACGCUUCUAAAUAAUGUUGAUCUUAAUGUUGAUGAUUACACUAUCAGAAUCCGUAUUGUUCGGCUAUGGACAAGACCUUCUUUCAACAAUCCUAGGAAGGUUUAUUGCUACGACAUGAUAUUCAUGGACCAGGAGGUUUUCUUAGUGGCAAUUCAUAUUAUUUUUUAUUAUGUUUCUAACGUGGCACCAAAAUGCAGGCUUUCGUUUUACAAAAAAAACACUACUGCUUACGAGCAUUUGCUGAAAGAAAAUCAGUGUUUAACUAUUCGUAAUCCUUCUCUUGGAGAAAACCGUCAGAAAGUGAAAUACGUUCAUAGUUUGUUCAAGAUAAAUCUAAAUGAGACCACCAUUGUCGAGCAAUCUGCCGAACCUGUUGGUGCUGAAUGGGGAUUUGAUUUUUCUCCAUUUGAGUCUGUUGUUGAAGACCCUGAUAAUGACGGCAAGUCAUUCAAAAGCCCUAUUGACGUUAUCGGUUUUGUGGUUAAGUGUCUUCCGUCAGAGGAGAAGACUGAAAAUAAUAACGGGAAAGAUGAGAAGAAGGCUACCUUUAUUCUGGAGGAUUUGCAACACCAGCAGAUUUACGUUACUCUAUGGGGGGUUUAUGCUGAUCAGAUUAUUGAAUUUCAAAGAAAACAUAAGGAUGAAAAAAAUGUUGUUGUGGUUGUUCAGUUUGGCAAGUACCGUUUUUGGGGAGGAAAUUUGUUUGUAUCCAAUUUGUAUACUGUAACUCGAGUGUUCAUAAACACUGAAAUUCCCGAGAUUUUGGAAUUUAAAAGAAGUUUCCUUGCUCAGCUGAAUACGUCAACGUCUUCCGGUUACUCUGGUUUGAGUUCCCCUGUUAUGAAGUCAAUGGCUGAGGAGUUUCUUUCUGAUAUUUCCUUUAGUACAAUUGGAGCAUUAAGCGGAAUAUCAGAAGAAAAGUUUGUUAUUAUACUGGGAACAAUUAAAAGCUUUGCUUCAGAAGACUCAUGGUUUUACAAUGCAUGUAAAACUUGCAACAAAAAGGUUUUCACCAACACUAUUUCCAAGGCCAAGGAAGAUGGUAGCGAAGGAUAUGAUGAACUAACUGUCUUGGAAUGCCAAACUGAUCGUUGCAAUAAAAGGACUGUUGUCUCUGUUCCCAGGAUAAAACUUCCUAUUCGUGUUUAG